GAGAGGAACAGGGCUGCUCGUGUCGUUUCCUGUCACUCUCCUCACACAGCGAGCCUCAGGCCCCGGUGCGGCUACGCUUCCCAGGGCAUUGACCUCAUCCGCUCCAGCCAGCCUGGUCCUUAUCGCCUGUCGGGCUCCUUUCCCGAGUCAGCCCGCCAAGGAGACCCCCGAAGGGGCCCAUGCUUCACCCCGGGGUUUGGGCUCCGGAGGCGGGAGCCACGCAUGCGUCUUUGUAUCGUGUGACUCUGUCGAUUCCUUUGCUUAGAGUAGUGCCAUUUUGCAGUACGGAAGCUACAAAACAACACAGACGGGAACCUCUCCCUUAAAUCUGCUUCCGGCUUCCGGAGAAGUGUCAAGUCUGUUUUUGUUUGAGAAGACGUUACCCGAAAUAGGAUCGAGGAAGAUUUAAAGAGCCAGGUUGAUUGUUUUUCUUAACGGUGUCUGGAGGUGACUCUGGUCACUGCAGGACCACCAGGGGCUUGGCUUCCUCGUCUCAUCCUCCCCCUGCCUAGUCUCAUUUUCCCAGAUCUUCCAAAAGCCAUGUCCGCGGCCACCCUCAUUAACUUUACCCGAGCCACCGACCCCAGUGAUCUCUGGAAAGAUGGGCAGUUGCAGUCACAGCCUGAAGAGCGGAAGCCCACCCUGGAUGGGGCUGCAGCCCGGGCUUUCUACGAAGCCUUGACUGGGGAUGAGAGCAGCACUCGUGAACCCCAGAGGGCUCAGCCUGAGUCUGCCAGUAAGAGAAAGAGGAAGAGAAGAAGAAUGAUGAAGGAAGCUGCAGCAGGAGUAUCAGGAGGACAUGGACAAAGGAGAUCCCUUGGGGCAGAGGACAAGAUGACCCACCGGAUACUGAGGGCAGCCCAGGAGGGGGAUGUGGCAAAACUAAAAAGACUGUUGGAUCCCCAUGAGGAAGGGGGAGCUGGGGGGAAUAUUAACGCUCGAGAUGCUUUCUGGUGGACCCCCCUGAUGUGUGCGGCCCGAGCAGGCCAGGGGGCAGCUGUGCGCUAUCUCCUGGGCCGUGGGGCUGCCUGGGUGGGGGUCUGCGAGCUGGGUGGCAGGGAUGCUGCUCAGCUGGCAGAAGAAGCGGGCUUCCCUGAGGUGGCCCGCAUGGUCAGAGAGAGCCCCAGAGAGACGAGGAGUCCAGAGAACUGGUCCCGAUCCCCCUCCCCCCAGUACUGUGAGGCUUGUGAUGCCCACUUCCAAGACUCUAACCACCGUACCUCCACUGCUCACCUGCUGUCAUUGUCCCAGGAUCUCCGGCCCCGCAACCUGCCCCUUGGGGUGCCUACCUCCAGCCCAGGCUUCAGGCUGCUGCUGAGGGGGGGCUGGGAGCCUGGAAUGGGACUGGGACCCCGGGGCGAGGGCCGUGCCAGUCCCAUCCCCACUGUCCUCAAGAGGGACCAGGAAGGAUUAGGCUACAGAUCAGCACCCCAACCCCGAGUUACACAUUUCCCAGCUCGGGAUACACGGGCAGUGGCUGGGAGGGAGAGAGCCCCUAGGGUGACCACACUGAACCGGAAGGAGGAGAGAAGGCAGGAGGAGAAGGAUAGGGCUUGGGAGCGGGAUCUGAGGACAUACAUGAACCUUGAGUUCUGACCUUGGCAAGUUCUGACCCUGGUCUGCUGCUGAAGUCUGAACUUGGGCCCCUGACCUAGGCACUUGGGCUUCUACUUCCUGGGGCCUGCCCAGGUUCCAGACCUUCAGGUUUUGAUCGGUGGACUCUGCCUUUGGGAGAAAACAGGCUGAGAGUUGAGAAAUAAAUGAAGCUUUU